GCGAGCUGAUUGGACACACAGGCCUAUAAAAAAACAAAUGCCUGGUUUUGAAAGUAUACAUAGAUUUUUAGCUUUUCUGGUUUGAAGAACAACAGAAUCAAUUGUUUGCAAAGUAGUUCUGUUAAUGUAUUUUUUUGCAAUGGACCUGGGGUGGAACAGGGUCCCUAUACUACUGAUUCUGUUGAUAUUCUGGAAACAUGCUGUUGGACAUAAAGGUUGGAGUUCUGAGGAUUUUCAUUCUCAACGGAAAGGGCAUGUCCACAAAUUCUCACCUCGGGGAGCCCAGUCUUCUGUGUUGGAGGCUCCAGUGACAGGAAGCAUUCCUUUUGAAGAAGUGGCCUCUAAUGUGCUUGCUGGGAAAAGCCUGAAUGCCAACAGGUCCAGAUUUUCCCUUUCACAUCAAUAUGUAAAAGGUGGUGUUUCCAGCAGCUAUGAAUCUAUGUCUCAUACCCUAAGUGCACCAAGUGCCUCCGUGUCUGGUUCCAUGGUUCUACCUCAAAAUCAGCAUGGUUCAGACGGCAUCACAUCACUGCUGCAACUUCAGGGUUCCUUCAGUCCAAGUGUCCAGGAUAUAGCUAACCAGACUGGCCCUCAAUUGGUAGAAAGCUCUAGUCCACUUUCUGCUCAGAGUAGCUCUUCCACUGGUUCCUCAGCCAAUUCCCUCAGUAAGUUUACUUACACCUCUCAGGGCAGCUCUAGGCCACAAAAGGCAGGCAGUUCCAGCCAGCUUGUUUCUACACAUGGUGUAAGUGGUUUGCUCCUCCAGUCUCUUCCCUCCAGUACUGCAAGUCAGAAUAUCCCUGGGUCCUCUGCAUAUGCCAAACUUGCUGCCUCACCCCUAGGUGUUAGCCAGUCUACUAGUGGUCAGAGCUCUUACAGCCAGUAUACAUCAGGCUCCCAGAGCAGGGCUGGCACUCAGCUGGCAGCUUCCCGUCAAUAUGUGCCUACAUCUUUCCAACCUGAAGUUACCACUAGCCAGUAUGCUUCCAAACUUUCUUUGGGUGCAAAAGUGCCUGUGUUAAGUUGGUACUAUCCAGCAACUCAGAGUGGAUCCUCUCUGUCUCAAAGCCAGCCAUUUCAGAUGUGGCAGCCUUCAACCUCUACAACUAAAGGUUUGCAGGCAUCUAGUACAGUGGCGUCACAAGGAUUUCAGACAUCUGGUGCAUCUCAGAGCAUCUCUCAGUCUCAUAGCAGGUUAUAUUCACUGUCCUCUGCAUCUACUGAUCCAGCAUCUACUCUCCAGCUUCAAGGUACCUCAAGCCAGUAUGCCCCUGCUGCUUUGGAUUCAAAAGUGCUGGUGUACAGUCAGGCUACUCCAAGUGGAUCUUCCUCAUCUCUGAGCCAGCCAUCUCAAUUGAAGCUCUCAACUUCAAGGUGGUCCCAGGGAUUCCAGACAUCUGGUACAGUGACAUCACAGAGUAGCUCUCCAUCUCAAGGCUCCAAGGCUCCCAGUAGGUUUUCUAGCCUUACCUCAGCAAGUACUGGCCAAUUUGCUUCCACACAGACAGGAAGCCCCUUUACUGAUGGCUCCUCUCUCCUGCUUCAAGGUACCUCUAGCCAAUAUACCCCUGCUGCAAAAGUGCCAGUGUACAAUCGGGUUCCUCCAAGUGGAUCUUCCUUGUCUCUGAGCCAGCCAUCUCAAUUGAAGCCUUCCACUUCAAGGUGGUCACAAGGUUUUCCGGCAUCUGGUGCAGUGGCGUCACAAGGUUUCCAGACAAUUGGUACAGCGACAUCACAGAGUAGCUCUCUGUCUCAAGGAUCCAAGGCUCCCAGUAGGUUCUCUACCCUUACCUCAGCAAGUCCUGGCCAAUUUGCCUCCACACAGACAGGAAGCACCUUUACCGACGUCUCCUCUCUCCCGCUUCAAGGUACCUCUAGCCAAUAUACCCCUGCUGCUUUGGCUGCAAAAGUGCCAGUGUACAAUCGGGCUGCUCCAAGUGGAUCUUCCUUCUCUCUGAGCCAGCCAUCUCAAUUGAAACCUUGGGACCAACUUGAAGGCUUUCAGGCAUCUGGUACAGUGGUGUCACAAGGUUCCCAGACAUCUGGUACAGCAACAUCACAGAGUAGCUCUCCAUCUCAAGGUUCCAAGGCUCCCAGUAGGUACUCUAGCCUUACCUCAGCAAGUACUGGCCAAUUUGCCUCCACACAGACAGGAAGCACCUUUACUGAUGGCUCCUCUCUCCUGCUUCAAGGUACCUCUAGCCAAUAUACCCCUGCUGCUUUGGCUGCAAAAGUGCCAGUGUACAAUCGGGUUCCUCCAGGUGGAUCUUCCUUGUCUCUGAGCCAGCCAUCUCAAUUGAAGCCUUCCGCUUCAAGGUGGUCGCAGGGUUUUCCAGCAUCUGGUACACUGGCGUCACAAGGUUUCCAGACAUUUGGUACCGCAACAUCACAGAGUAGCUCUCUGUCUCAAGGCUCCAAGGCUCCCAGUAGAAUCUCUGUCCUUACACCAGCAGCAAGUCCUGGCCAACUUGCCUCCACACAGGAUGGAAGUGGUAGAUCUAGUGGCUUGUCCAGCCAGUCUCAAAGUGCCUCAAGUCAGUACAGGCCUGGGUCCCCUGCAUAUGUCAAGUAUGGCUCCUCACUUGAUGUUUCUAGCCAAUCUACCAGUGAUCAGAGUGCUUUUGACUCGUAUGCAUCAAGUUCCCAGAGUAGGACUGGCACUCAGCUGGCAGGCUCUAGUCGUUAUGUGCCCACACAGACAGGAAGCACCUUUACUGAUGGCUUCUCUCUCCAGCUUCAAGGUGCCUCUAGCCAGUAUGCCCCUGCUUUGGCUGCAAAAGUUCCUGUGUCUAGUCAGGCUGCUCCAAGUGGAUACUCCUCGAGCCAACCAUCUCAAUGGCAGCCUUCCACCUCUAGGUUGUCGCAAGGUUUUCAAGUCUCUGGUACAGUAGCAUCACAGAGUAGCGCUCUGUCUCAAGAUUUUAAGGCUCCCAGUAGAUUCUCUACCCUUACUUCAGCAGCAAGUCCUGGACAAUUUGCCUCCACACAGACCGGAAUCCCCUUUACUGAUGGCUCCCCUCUCCCGCUUCAAGGUACUUCUAGCCAAUAUACCCCUGCUGCUUUGGUUGCAAAAGUGCCCGUGUACAAUCGGGCUCCAAGUGGAUCUUCCUCCUCUCUGAGCCAGCCAUCUCAAUUGAAGCCUUCAAGUUGGUCCCAAGGUUUCCAGGCAUCUGGUACAGCAACAUCACAGAGUAGCUCUUCAUCUCAAGGCUCCAAGGCUAGUAGGUUCUUUACCCUUACGUCAGCAGCAAGUCCUGGCCAAUUUGCCUCCACACAGGAAGGAAAUGGUAGAUAUAGUGGCUUGUCCAGCCAGUCUCAAAGUGCCUCAAGCCAGUAUACCCCUGCUGCUUUGGUUGCAAAAGUGCCAGUGUACAAUAGAGUUCCUCCAAGUGGAUCUUCCUUGUCUCUGAGCCAGCCAUCUAAAUUGAAGCCAUCCACUUCAAGGUGGCCGCAAGGUUUUCAGGCCUCUGGUACAACAGUAUCUCAGAGUAGCUCUCUGUUUCAAGACUCUAAGGCUCCCAGUAGAAUCUCUGUCCUUACACCAGCAGCAAGUCCUGGCCAAUUUGCCUCCACACAGGAAGGAAGUGGUAGAUAUAGUGGCUUGUCCAGCCAGUCUCAAAGUGCCUCAAGUCAGUACAGGCCUGGAUCCCCUGCAUAUAUCAAGUAUGGCUCCUCACUUGAUGUUUCUAGCCAAUCUACCAGUGAUCAGAGUGCUUUUGACUUGUAUGCAUCAAGUUCCCAGAGUGCCAGUCCUACUCAGCUGGCAGGCUCUAGUCGUUAUGUGCCCACACAGACAAGAAGCACCUUUACUGAUGGCUCAUCUCUCCAGCUUCAAGGUAUCUCUAGCCUGUAUGCACCUGCUGUGGUUGCCAAAGUGCCAGUGUACAGUCAGUUUACUCCAAGUGGGUCCCUGUUGUCUCAAUUGCUGCCUUCAGCCUCUAGUUGGAGCCAAGGGUUUCAGGCCUCUGGUACAGCAGUAUCUCAGAGCAGCUCUUCACCUCAAACCCCUCAGUUUUCCAGUGCUUCUGUAAUGCCAGCCCUGAGCCCUCCUGUGGAUUCUGUGGCCCAGAGUAGCCAGAGUUUUAGCUCUGUGAUCCGUAGAAACACGUCUCCUGGUCUGUUUGCUUCUGUUCAACACCCCACAGACUCCAUGACUUCAUCUUUAGGCUCAAAUGUCCAAGCAGCAUCACAAGGCAUGUUUUCUGGUCAGUCCAGUGACUCAACCUCAGUUAUCUCAAGUAGAUAUGCUUCCUAUGACCAGAAACCUUUGAGCAAUUCUAGACCUUCCAAGAGCUCCUCUGCUUCAGGAAGAUACUCUUCAUCUGUCAAGGGCUAAUGGACUGUCUUAUACAUGAUCUGCACCUUGGACUAAUGUCAGUGCUAAAUGGCAUAAAUCUGGUGUGCUUUGUACAAUGUAACUUGAAUCAAUAAAUUGACUUAGUAGCAA